ACGAGCGCAAACGAGCACAAACGUCAGAUGCCCCACCAAACUACGUUGCCACUGACGAACUGUCAUCCAUACUUACUCAUUGUUAAUUUCACGUAAAUGUAACUAUCUUACAGUCGUGGAGAGUGUUUCGAUGUUUUUGUCGAGAUUUCCGAACAGAAGCGACCAAUUGAUUAAUCAUUGGAUAGACACAAAGUCGCACGAUACCAGCACACUGCAUCGUCGAGAACGUAAAUAGAAAAGUGCGCAGCUGUUCGUUCAAUUAAAUAUUUUGUUUUGUACCAAGAAUACCAGAAUGCCAAUUUUAUACAGCGUGGUAGCUCGUGGUACAAUUAUAUUGGCGAAACAUGCUGCAUGUGUUGGAAACUUUGAGGAAGUCACAGCGAAGAUCUUAGCAAAGAUACCACCAGACAAUGACAAACUUACAUACUCACAAGGGCCUUAUCUUUUUCACUACAUAUGCGAGAAUCGCCUUAUUUAUAUGUGCAUUACCGAUGAUGAUUUUCAAAGAUCUAGAGCAUUCUUGUAUCUCAAUGAAAUCAAGAGAAGAUUUUUGGCCGUAUACGGACUAGGUGCUCAAACUGCCGUAGCUUAUGCCAUGAACACAGAAUUUGGCCGUGUUUUGGCCAAUGAAAUGAAACAUUAUAGUGAAUCAAAAGAUCUUGAUAGAUUGUCCAAAGUUCAUGGCGAAUUAGAUGAGCUUAAAGAUAUUAUGGUAAAAAAUAUUGACAAUAUAGCUAUGCGUGGCGAGCGGUUGGAACUGCUUGUGAAUAAAACGGAAAAUUUGUCUGCCAACGUAUGUAAAACUGUGUUUAUAAUUGAUAUUAUU